AUGACCGAGCUGCAGACCUUGCAACAGAGAUUAGAGCUUGUUAGGGAACAGCUAGACAAGACUGAUAGUGAUAUCAAGCGUCUUACUGGCAGGGAUAUCGCUUAUGACAAAAGAGGUGGUUUUAAUAGAGAAGAUCAGCCGCCCAGCAAAAGAGCGAAUCGUGGCUCGUUGCCUUAUCCUCAGUAUGUUUCGUAUUGCUUCUGUCUCUCUAGUGUCCCGUCCUCCGUUGUCCGUGUCUCGGAUAGCAGUGGGAGACGUAUGUUGGGCAUUCUCCAGAACACUCUUAAUGCAUUUCGCAACGAAUCAGUGGCAGCUAAGCACCAACCAAAGGCUGAAAAUCGACGAAGGAUUGAUGAGAAGGUGGAGGCUCGGGCAGUGGAGGAGAAAAAAAGUCUCCAAAAAGAACGCGUUGAACUAUUCCGGGCCCGACGAGAGCAGCUUAUAGAAUUUCAAAUAUGGAAGAAGGAGACUGAAAAAAUGUUCGGAUUUAUUCGAACGGAUCACGCUCCUUUUAUAUUUUUCCGUCCUCGGGAGGAUACUGUGGAAAGCAACGCACGCAAAGAGGAUACUAGGCAAAAGAUUUCUGAGGCUAUUGAAGCCCGUCGACUGAAAAUGGAAUCUUACUUCGAAAGUGUGUCCCAGCAACGUCGCCAUCGUUUGGCUCAGUCUGACCCUGAGCACGAGCUAAGUCUGCGAAAUGUCGAUAAGGCUGGCAAAUUCAACUCCACUAAUUCUGAUGAAUUGGAUGAUGACGAAUUUUUCGCCUCCUCCCUGAGAAGCCAUGUUGUCGUUUCAUCUACUAAUAACAAUGCUGCACAACAGCUGGAUUCCAAUAUUGAAAACACUAAUAAGAGUACUAUGAAAAAGGACGACAAACACAAGAAAUCAAAUAAAUCGGAUCAAAUCGAGGAGGGAGAGCUGUCAGAAGAAAGUGGCGACGACGAAGAGCCAAUGCUCACUGAUAGGGCUUAUCAGGAACAGAAACUUCUUCGUCUUCAAAAUGAUGAGCAGACAACUAACCACGUAGAAACUGUAGAGCAAACAGCCCUUGUUAUAGAACCAAGCAAAGAAAGCAAAAGUAUGACACCGGUGAUAGAUAUUAUGCAGAUCGAUAGCGACGUUGGUCACCGCCGGGUUGUGGUACAACCACUCUAUACUCCUCCCUCUCAGUUAGAUACUGAGUCUGCAUCUUCGCCUCAAUCAGUCCCUGCCAGUUUUCAAAUUCAAUCGACUCUAAGCGAUACUGAACCGGGAGAGGAAAGACACCUUACAGACAAUCUAACAUUCGCGCACAAUUUUUGUCAACACCAGUUGUCCAUUGUAUCAUAUUCCUUUCUCCCUGUCUUCGUCGCAGCGCUUGUUGUUUCCGGGCUUGCAUACCAGCAUGGUGACACCUUGUCUUCGGCAUCUAUCGGCGGCACCGUUGCUCUUUCUGUUGGAGGAUCCACGUUCAAAGCAGGCCAAUUUCUGUCAGAUUUCGCGCAUCAGAAGGGCGAAAUCCAGCGCGAUCUUGACGAUGCAGUCUCUCGCUUGAGUUUGACAGGGGCAGUUGACUCUAUACAGAAUAAGACUGAUAGAGCACAAGUACGUCGGUAUAAUAUUUAUACGUUUUCAUCUCAGACUAUUACUAUAACUACUGCGUGCUAA